AGUCCCACCCGCUCACCCUUCUUCUCUGCCCGCCGCAUCCAACCCUGUGGACCUCUUCCCCAAAUUCGUCUGGACUCCGCCCUCGCUUUCAUCGUCAUGACCUCAAAACGUGGCCAUUAACAACUCGGCCCCUCUGUCCCCAUGCUCACUUUUGUCCCUUACCAGUUUGCCCUUCAUGUUGCAGGCAGGGUUGGGUUAUUUGGGGAGUGUAAAUGUCAUUAGUUUUGCUCAUCGGAAACUUAUAUCCGUUGGUUAAUGCCUAAGAUGUGCUUAGCGCAGUGCCUGAUCCAUACCAAGUCCUCAGCAAACUUGGCUCUUGGAAAGGUUUGUUUCUGAACAUGGAAAUCCUAUUGUAGUCAGCCCUGAUAAAAACGACGCAAUAGAAUGAGGCGGGGAGAAACCAGAUUUCCACACAGGAAGGGACUUCUCUGAGUUGUUGCCGAGGCUUGCCGCUUUUCCUUGAAAACAUGGUUCUAAGCCAAGGCUAGGGUGGGCUCACCUGUAAUCCUAGUGUUAGUGAAUUCAAGGCCAGCCCGGGGAACUUAAUGAGACCCCGUCUCUAAAUAAAAACAAAACAGUUGAUCCCAGACUACUGAACCGUAUCAUGGCUUUGAAUUUGAACUAUGUGAGUGUAAGUAAGCUAAGGGAACUUUGAGUGAGAAAACUCUACACGUGAUAAUAAAAGGCUAGGCAAUGUGCGUAGUCCACCUGAAACAAAUGAAUCAAAACAAUGGGGAAAGCACAAGGUUUUAUAUGCAUGUGGUUAAAACGACAAACAAAUUACUCAAGAAUGAGAAAACUCUGAAGGAUUUGAUCCAUUGAAAGUCACUGGUUUAUGGAUGUAUUCUUACUAGACUUCCAAGGAAGUAUUAACACUGGGGAAAAACAAUCUCGGGGGCCAGCAAACUUGACUUACAGUCUGUCUCACCGAUUCCUUUUGUAUGGUCCAUAAUCUAAAUUUCUAAAAAUGUGUAGAGUGGUUUUACACAUGAGAGGAACGCUUCAGCCUGGCGACGAUGUGAACUGUGUUAGUAUCUGCAGGUGACGUUGUUUGGGCAGGCAGUCACACGGUCACUUACACACUGCUUGCGGCGCUUUCAUCUACAGAGGGCGGUUGUGUUGAGAUGAAGACGAUCUGGCUCAGAGAGCCAAAAUAGUUUUAUUGAGCCACAGCCAUGGUCAUUGGUUUACCAACCCUCUUUGGCUGGUUUUGUUGUUUGUCUGUUUUGUUUUCCCCAGGGGCAGAGUUAUCAGCUGCACUGGAGAUCAUAUGACCACAUUAAGGCACAAAUAUUUACAGCUGAAGAGUAGACGAGAAGGCACAAAAGUUUCUCACCUCGUGGCAAUAAUAAACCCUGACCAGAAAACCAAAAACAAACCCAAGAAUACUGGGCUCGGCAGGUAAAGGGACUUGUUGCCAAGCCUGAUGACCUUGGAACUCAUGUGGUCGAGGGAGAAAACUCACCCAUGAGAGUUGUCCUCUUGACUGUCACACCUUCACACAAACAGUAGGUAGCUUAAAAUACAGCAAUAAAGCAAUUUAUGAAGAGAUGACAUUAUUAAAUGAUAAAAAACUCAAUAAAAAUAUAUUUAGAGAAAAUAUUA